AUGGUGCGGGGCGAGACAACGGCAGAUAUUCGAAAAGAAUCGGAGAAUUCCGAUGAAGCCACGAAAUUUCUUCGCCUGCGCAUGGCUAUAAACUGUACAGAUCGUGAUAUUGUAUAUGAAAAGAAAGUGCACUCGAAUUACUGGGUUCUGGUGAACUAUGUACCCGCAGAGCACGGCAGUCUGCGAUGCUCGGUGUUCAUUACGUACACCACCCACGGGGACUAUCGAUAUCUGAACAAUGUGGCGCCCUUGGUGGAGCGUUGGCGAGCACCCAUUAGUUUGGCACUCUACGCACCGGGUACGGACUUUAACAAGACGGUGUCGAGCAUUCUGUGGCUGCGCCAAUGUGAUCCACAGCGGAAGCUAAUCCGCAAAUGGGUUAGUUUUCACAUCUAUUUCAAUGCUAAUCAUAUACCGCGACAGGUAUACAAUCAACAGAUAUUGUUAGCCAAACAAAUAAAAUGCACUAAGGUUCCGCCGUUUGCCAAUGUGUCAAGUGAUGAGCUAUAUAGAAAGCAAAUGGAACUCAAAUAUCCAAUUAAUGUGGGACGAAAUAUUGCCAAAGAGGCGGCACUGACACAUUACGUUCUGUCCUCCGAUAUCGAGCUGUAUCCCUCGCCGGGUCUGGUCAAUGGCUUUUUGCUUAUGCUAGCAGCUAAUAUGCAUUUACUGAACUCCACAAGGCCGCUUGUCUUUCCACUUAACAUUUUCGAAGUGAGUGCGAAUAGCACUGUGCCAACCACCAAAAAGGAAUUAAAAUACAAGCUGAAAACUGGCCAAGCAAUACCCUUUCACAGAGACAUCGCUCCCCAAUUCAACAUCGCACCAAAUCUUAAAAAAUGGAUUCAACAUGUCGAUUACAGCGAUACAAUGCGAGUGUUUUGCGUGAAUAAACGCAUCGGUUACUGGGAUCCGAUCUACAUUGGAACCAAACAAGAUCCGGUGUACGAUGAGACUCUUAGCUGGGAGGGCAUGUCCGAUAAGGCAACACAUUCCUUUGCAUUGUGCCUAAUGGGCUAUCGGUUUCAUACAUUGGAUAAUGCAUUUUUGGUUCACAGGCCGGGCAUUAAUCAGGGUUAUUUGGAUGAUGAGCGAUUAAGGCUUGCCGCCCACAUUCGUCGCAAGCUACGUAGACAGUUAUUAAUAGAGUAUUUCUACAAAUAUGGUUUCCAAUUGGGUUGCAUAUUGUAA